UCAUUUUGAUAACAUGUGUUUGAGUUUUGAAAAACUUUUUGAAAACAAGAGAUACACGUGAGCUUGAGCUUGUGGGUUAUAAAAGUUGUAAAGUUUUUAAAAUUUGUGAGGAUCUUCGCCAGUAACAUCGAAAAAUGUUAUUAAGGUAUUACUUAGACGAAAGCGGCAAUAGGGUUUACACCCUGAAGAAAAUCGAUCCUAAUGGAACCCCAACUAUUUCUGCUCAUCCUGCUCGAUUCUCUCCCGCCGAUACGUAUUCAAGGCAGCGUAUAUUAGUGAAACAACGCUUUGGAUUAUUACCUACUCAACAAAAACCGAUCGUAUAUUGAGCUAUAUCGAAGUGGUUUGCGCACCUGUAUUGUAAAUGUAUCAAUUUUUGUAAUGUUUUUUGAAUAAGUAUGUUUGAAUUUUAUUCAAGUAGUUAUAUUUCAUUUUAUUAAAAUACUUAUAAUUUUAAA